AUGAAACCGUCUACCGCUUCACCGCCGCUGAGCAAAAGCAGCCGCGAGAAGCUUGUCCGGAGGGUAAUUUCGCCGGCAAUCCGAGGGCAAAACUGUCCAAUAUGCUUAGGAAGCCUCGAACCGCGCAGCGCGGCGGUGCUGGAGGCGUGUAAGCACGCGUACUGCCUCCGAUGCAUUCGCAGGUGGAGCACUCUGCGACGGAAAUGCCCUCUCUGUAACUCCAUCUUCGACUCCUGGUUCGAUGACAUCAGCCUUUCUUCUCGAAGCUUCCACCGCGAGAUUUUGCCUCCGCUCAACAGUAACGCUUCUACAGCUAGACCUAGAAGCUUCCGCGUUCACGGUGCAAAUCAAAGGCAUGUGGUGAAUGAGCGGCGGCGAUCACGGCCGUUGCCGUGGCGGCGAUCGUUUGGACGGCCGGGAUCUGUGGCUGCUGACGUCAUUGCGGAGCGGAAGCUUCAUUGGCGUGCAAGUGUAUAUGAUAGACGAUUGCAAGCGGUUGCUUCAGCUCCAGGAAACCGUGUUCGUGAGUGUGUGCCGGUUAAUGAUGUGGUGAAAGAGAGAGUGUUACAAAGAGUGGAGCCUUGGAUUAGAAGAGAGCUCCAGGUGCUUCUUGGAGAGGGAGAUCCGUCUGUUGUUGUUCGUGUGGCUGCCUCACUCUUUGUUGCGAGUCUGGAAAAGAAGGAUUGUGUCUCUUCAGGGCAACAUGAUGUAGUAGAUGAUGGCUUCCUUGAGCCAUUGCGCCCUUUCCUGCUUGAUCAAACUUUUAUGUUUUGGCAUGAGCUAAGAUGUUUUGCAGAGAGUCCAUUUAACAUGGAAACAUAUGAUGCUGUUGCUGAAUACAGAAGACUGAAUUAAGUGAAGGGAGAAAACUAAGAUCAUUACUUAUCUUUCCCUUUGUAUCUGAUCCAGUCUAUGUGUUAGACUAUCAAGUUAUUAGACUCUGAACUUGCUUAUGCUUGGAUGUGAAGAUCUGUUUACUUCUGUAUGAUAGUCUCCUCAGUGAAGAGUCAGAGGCAGCAAGCCCAGGAGAUUCAUAACCCGAGUCAUUGGAGAAGGUAACAAGCAGUGCUAGUCCUUGAUGUGUAAGAAGAGAAUUCGAGUGUGAUAUAAGACAACUGCUCUCUAUAACAAGCCCAGAAGCAGGAGCUCAUUUUUGGCUGCGCAAUCUCAUAUUUUAGCUGGAGUUACCAUUUUUGGCUCAACAAUUAGUUUCUGCUUUCUCUAGACCAGCGAGUAGGAUUUGAGGUUCUCUAUAUUAGAAUGCUUUUAGAGUUUGGUGUAUAUGAGCGGCACAUUGAUCAGCAUUUCUGCUUUCUGUCAAGAUGCAGUAGAAGAUUGGUGAGACGGCGUUUCUCUUUGUUCAAUUAAAGUCAUUCUACGUCAAGUUUCUGUGUAGCAAGCUCAAAGCUUUAGUUUGAGACAAUAUGUGACUCUGAAGAAUGAUAGAAAUUAGAACCCCUUAAUCUGCACUCCUGGGAGAUAUUCCAAAUUUUCUUCAGAUCAGAAGUCUCCUUUACAGCAACAGGAAAUGACCAUUUCUUUCUGCUCAAUCCUACUUAACUGCAGUUACAUGUGCAGAUCACGACGAAUAUCUUAUGUUGAUGGUAUUUAUGGGGUUGGGUUAACUCGUAAGGUCUGCAGGUCUGCAGGUCUUAGGACAGUGAUUCAGUGUGCAAUCUUACUGUCUUGGUAAAUGGCCUUGCUCCUACCCCUACAACCUAACCUUUACCUGGAUUAAGUUUGGCUUUGUUCCUCUAAUAAAAUUUUGCAUUUAUUACUGAUUGAUUUUAGGAGAGGAAUCAGCUGUUGACAAUAAUGAUGACUGGCUGCAUUGGAUAAUCUAUCAACUACGAUAGUUGGCAUUGUUUUUGUUAUUGCUUCCAUUGCUAUCUCUACAAUGCAAACUGCUGAAUUGCGUGCUUA